GGCGCUGUUGCCGGGGAGUGGCACGACAUUAGUUUAAUUUAUUUUAAUUAGCUUGGGUGAAUAUUGGUUAGAACGAUCUUCUCACUUCUUUUCACCAACCACCCGUAAUAAUUAUUAUGGAUAACUCCAGUGGUUAUUACGGUCCACCUUCUUUCUACCAAUCACCUAACCCCCCUCCGUUUCAAACCCAUCCACCUUACUACCCACAUCAGUACCCCUAUGAUAAUGCCUACCAAGUCAACAAUAGGUCUAACUACUUUCCCUACUAUGAGGAACCACCAUAUGAUACCCUGUCUAGAAAUUUUGGGUAUUCUCCAUACCAAGACACUAACGGGGAUAAUUAUUAUGAACCUCAUGGUGACCAAGAUGACUAUGACCAAUCUGGGCCUAUGUGCGACGAUCAAUCUGAUCCUCUCGUCGAAGAGAUCAUAAGAUUAGAACAGAAAAUCUUCUAUUUCGACGAAGUUUUAUUCACUGAAGGCUCCUGGUACGAACCACCUUACUGCCGAGACUACACCCUGUCUGCGGAAGAACAAAUUGAAGCAAACAAGGUGGCAAUUCGAGAACGAGCAAAACUUCUCGAAUCAGUCCAGAAGGAAAAUGAGUUCGAACGGAGAUUAUGCGAAGGAUCAGAUAUGAUGCAGAAAAUGUUGGACGACUUUCAAAGAGAGAGACUAGAAGCUGAGGCUAAAGCUGACAAGUUAGUCAAUGAUCUCUGUAAGGCUAUUGAGCUUAAACGAUCGCUCCAACCUCAAGAUCCACAAUUGGAGGAAGUUAAUGCUCAAAAAGAGGCUUUAGAACCUAAGACCAACCUUGAACCAUUCAAUCAUCAGGUCCCAGUUCUAGAAGAUUCACCCAGUUCUACAUUAUCACAUAAACCCGAGAGCAUAACAACUCUCGCUAGGGCUACUGUGGUAAUAUUACCUGAAUGUCCUCCAAGCCAAGUCUCAACCAGCACAGUCGUACAUGAGGUGGAACCAACUGAGGAACCUGACUCAGAACCACCUAUGCGUAUUCAAGAAAAGAAGGAGGAGGAAGUUUUGCCUAUGGCAAUAAACGACCAUCUCCUUAAUUGUGUUGAAGACACACCUCCAGAGGAACCUGUUCUGGAGGAGAUAAAGCCCACUACCUACCCCCAAGAUUCCAACGUUCAAGAGUCUGAGGAGGAAUCUAUAGACAAAGAAAAUCCUAACACAGAGGACCCAAUAAUGUCUAUAGAUAAUCAAGCUUCAUCAGAAGACUUAGACCAAACUUUCUUUGACUCCCUACUUGACGGGUGUGACUUUGUCUGCCUGAAGGAUAGUUCGAGCCAAAAGCGUUUGGAUGAACUUCUGGUAAGUGACACUGAAGACUCAUCCAUGGGAGAAAGCACGGUCGUAAUCAUCAAACCACAAAUGGAUGGUCAGCCUGUUGAAGAUAAGGAAGAAAUCAAUCUCGCUAUGAAGGCCAAUGAUGUGGAUCAACUGAGGAGACUUCCGCCACCACCCACCUAUACAAAGUCUCCUCCAUAUAUUCUGUUGCCACCAAGCCACAGGGAUGAGUCAAGGAUCCUGGACCUUGACCGAGCAACAAAUCAAACAAGGUGGCACCAGAAGAGAGUCAGAAGGGCCAAACUUUAUGACUCUCGGAUCGGGAAGUCGCGGAAAAAGUGGGGCAUACCUUACAGUGGGAGCGAAGAAGAGGUCUCACCUGGGGAAAACACAAGGUUUCUGCAACCUUCGAGGCUUCUUGAUCCAGCAUUCCUGGUUGAAAGUAGCUACUGAGUGAAUAUUGACUUCCUCAAUAAAUUCUCUUUUUCUCUACUAUUUUGAACAUGAUUUCGAUAGUCGAUGAUUUUUAUUUUGGAAUUUCACAACAUGACUCUUAAAACCAUUUUGAGAAUAUUUUAUGCAUUAUUUCAUAUUUACAUGUUAUGGUUAUCUAUUAUUUCAAUCUUCAUCGUUGAAUCUUUAAUAUUCUAGAAAGAAUUUGCUAGCAUAAAUUCUACAUAGGACAUCGUUUGUUGUUCGUGUGGACGCGCUAGAGGUUGGAUUCGUUUGUGACUAGUUCAUUGCACCAAUCCCUUCACUUGCACCGCCCAAUCAGUUUACUACGAGAAAAGUCCAUUCUAGAGACUCAAGCGGAAUCAAGUGCACCAAAAAAAGUGCACGUCGGAAGAGUCCCAAACAAAGACCGAGGAAGAAUUGUUGUUGGACAAUAGAGGAAGAAUCAUUGUACGGUCCAUUCAAAAGUGGACAACAGAGGAAGAAUCGCUGUUGGCGUCUACUUGGGUUGACCUCCUUGGCAUCCUAUUACUGGUUUUGAGCAAAUGAAGGAUGCGAUGUGGAUCGCAUUAAGGAGAAGUUCUAUACAGUGAUGAAUAAGGAAGCCUCCUACCAAAUCUGAGAUCAACUCACUUCCAAAUAGGGCCACAUUAACCAAAAAGUCCAAAUCUUUAUCUUUGGAGAAUUUUAAGCUAUUCACUGAAAUGGAAAAAACUCAACAACCUCGAGGCCGGAUUGUCAAAAAUAGAUCCUCCGCCGAGAUUGAGGCUGAUGGCAUUAUCGGCUCGUCAGAACAAAGCCCUCCCUUCAACCUAGACGACUCCGAUGAUGAGGACCUCAUUCCACUGCUGAUCAAAAGAAAGAAGGCAAAAUCGAUUGUCUUGGGUUCUGUAGGGGUUUGACUCUAUUUCUUCUCACGACGAUAUCGGCAGGGCAGUGGCUGAACAACUUUGGGUGUUCAAUGUUAGGGAAGAAGAGAGGAAGAAAUGAAUGUAAGAGAAAGAGGAGCUAGCAAUAAUGGAAAUCGGCCUUG